GCUGCAGCCCGCCCCGCCCGCCAUGCAGCGACUGCGAACCACCUUCAAGCGUUCCCGUACACCGACUCCCCAGGACAUGAAGACGCAGAGCAGCCUUGAAGUGCCCAAGCAGGUCCGGUCGGCGUCGUUCGAUGAGAUACAAUUGGAGGCAGCGCGCGGCGCAGGCGCUAGCACGCUUCUUGCGGUGCCACAGCAAGGCGCGCGCAGUCGUUCCUUUGACUCCGCCGGAUCUGAUGACUCGGGCACAUACUUGGAGGUACCGCGUCUAUGGUCGCGGCGCCGAUCUGGGAAGGGUACGCCACCACCAUGUGUGCACUGUCGACAUAUGGAAACAUGGUUGGCACGCCGUAGUGAAGAACGAUCCACACCUGAAAGACCACCAGUUUCUUCCUCAGCUGAAGAUGACGAUGAUGAAGAUGAUGAUAGUGAUAUUGAGGCGCCGAGGGCUCUCCUUACGCCUGUCUUUACAACGAGAACAUUAUUGCAACCAACGCUACAAUCUCCUCCACCUUCACCAGGGGCACCCUCUUUUGAGCUUCAACCACCCAUCGAUGAACCUCCGUUAGUUACUCAAAGAAGACGGUCCAUAUCACGGCAAGAAGCGUUUUUCGUUGAACCUACUGGCAGCUCGUUAGAGAACGUCCGGGCGUCAGAACAAGGCGCUAAUAAUGCUCCAAGAGAUAGCUUAGUCCACGACAUUUAUUUAGCCGUUCCCGAGUUAAAACGUGAUCGUGCUGCAUCUGUAGAUUCGUGUUUUUCGAAAGUUUCUGGGGGUGCAAGAGCAGAAGAAUUAAGCGAAGGCGGCGAAUAUUUAACCGUACCGGGGUCGAGUUUACGUUCCCGGUCGGUAGAUAUCGUUUUACCAACAGCAGAACAGUCGCGUUACAAGGCACUUGCUCUAACGUCAUCAACUCAAGCUGCACCUCAACAUACUUACCAAGCGCCUGAAGAAACUCAACCCAGUCCAGUGGUGCUACAGACACUAGAAAACAGACGCACAAGCGAGAGCGCUGGCGGCGGAGCGCGUGUAUUACGCUCAACGCCCGACUGGAGCGACACGGCCAUCAGCGGCGAGCAUCUCUGGUCACCUACCUCCGUUUCCGGAGAUUGCUGCUAUGUCGGAGAAACUGAAUGUCAGAAGCAUGGAGCACGAAUGAAAUGUUCCGCGUGCAAAAUCGUGGCGCACACUGCGUGCAUCGACAUUCUCAUAGACCGCGUUCAGUUCACCUGCAAACCUACAUUCCGAGAUGUGGGGGUACGGCAGUACAGAGAGCAAACCUUGACUCACCACCAUUGGGUCCACCGGCGCACCGAAAAGGGCAAGUGCAAGGCUUGCGGCAAGUCAUUUCGGCGCAGUUGCUGCGGCUGGUGUCUAAUACCUCAAAGAUCUGUAGACAAGGCUAUAGAAUUACACGAUGAAAUUGGUGAUAGUUCUCUCCAAGCCAAAUUAUCUUUUAGUUCAAAGGAAAUCGUCGCGUUAAGUUGUUCCUGGUGUAAAGACGCUUACCAUAAUAAAGAAAGUUGUUUCAAUUUGCAAAGGAUAGGGGAAGAAUGUUCUUUGGGUACGCAAUCCAACAUAAUUGUGCCUCCGUCGUGGAUAGUAAAACUGCCGAGAAGAGGUAGCUUUAAAUCGUCUUUAAGAAAAUCACCAAAAAAGAAAAGCACAACAAAGAAAAAAGGAAAAGAUUCUAAAAGCGAACAAAAGACUUUCGUAAUUAAACCAAUUCCGACCGCCAAUGUUAAACCAGUACUGGUUUUUAUAAAUCCCAAGAGCGGAGGCAAUCAAGGUGUGAGACUGCUGCAGAAAUUCCAAUGGCUACUUAAUCCCCGACAAGUUUUCGAUCUCACUCAAGGCGGACCGGGACCAGGAUUGGAAAUGUUUCGAAAGGUACCCAAUUUGCGAGUGCUCGCAUGUGGUGGUGACGGUACCGUUGGCUGGGUUCUAAGCGUACUCGACAGGAUCGGAUCGCGGCCAGCCGUGGGCGUGCUUCCACUGGGCACAGGAAAUGACCUCGCGAGAGCGCUCGGCUGGGGCGGGGGUUACGAAGACGAGCCGAUAUCCAAAAUCUUAGCCCACAUCGGCGAAAGUGACACAGUGUUGCUGGAUCGAUGGCAGUUAAAAGUCGAGCCCAACGAAGCGGCUUCUGGGGAAGAUACGAGCAACGCUAAACCGGAGCUGCCACUCAAUGUCGUCAAUAAUUACUUCUCCUUCGGCGUUGACGCGCAUAUUGCUCUUGAAUUUCACGAGGCGAGAGAGGCACAUCCCGAAAAAUUCAACUCUCGGAUCAGGAAUAAGCUGUUUUACGGAACUGCCGGCGGAAAGGACUUGAUGCAGCGGAAAUGGAAAGGUCUGGCCGACUUCGUCACCAUGGAGUGUGACGGCAAGGAUUACACGCCCGUGUUGAGGGAACAUAAAGUGCAUGCCAUUGUAUUCUUAAACAUUCCAAGCUACGGGGGUGGAACUCAUCCAUGGAACAAGUCUGGAGGUACAUCUGAGCCUUCAACCGAAGAUGGUCUAAUAGAAGUUGUGGGAUUAACAACUUAUCAAUUGCCUCUACUCCAAGCGGGCGGGCACGGGACUUGUAUCACGCAAUGUAAAACUGCUAAGAUCGUAACCACCAAGGUGAUACCGAUGCAAGUUGACGGUGAGGCGUGCAGACUCGCUCCCUCGGUGAUAACACUGUGUAUAUUGAACCAGGCCAUCAUGUUGGCGAAGAAGAAACCCGGCAGAGUACUCGUGCCACAAACAACACUCGAUAAACUUACGCUCACCGUGAAUCUCAUAACAAUGGCGGACUACGAACGUCAUCAUUACGACAAGGAGUUGUUAGCAAAAACAGCGGAACGGAUCGGCACUUUGGACGUAAAUCCGGCCGCCGACUUGGAGCAAAUGCGAACUCUCAUUCAGAAUAUGAUCAAAGAAUCUCAUACAUACUCAAACCUCGUCGAUUGGUGGUUCGUAGACUCCGUGACCGCGGAACGCUUCUUCCGCAUCGACAAAGCGCAGGAGAACCUCCACUACCCGACUGACAUCGGCCACGAACACGUGUACAUCUUGGACGCGGCGCCCGUGACUCCCGACACGGAAUCGACAGCGCACCCUGACACCACCACUGCCUCCCCUGACCGCACCGCGCCCUCCGUUUCUCUCGACACUACCACUGGCCUCUCAGUCUCCCUGGACAUAUCACAGAGCGUAGACACACCGAGUGCCGGCGUGUCCUUGGAUGUUCCGGAGUCUCAUGCCAGUGAAUCUGGUUUCGGGAGUCCAGCGCGAGGAUCAGAAGAACUGCUUUCACCUCAAACACCGCCUUCGGGCUUCCCUGGCGCUCACUCCACAAAUAAAAUAUCCAUUCUCCCCUCUAAAACUUCUCCACAGCCACCAAGAAUCCCUUCAAUUCAAGAUACCCAUUCGCCUCCACUGUGCACUAGUCCUCCAGUCAAAGAUUUACAGCCCAGUCGGGAUUCUCUUGCGCGAUUUAAAACCGUUCACGAAAAACUGUUUGGACUUGAUCAAGAAGUGUUUGGCUGUAGAAACUUACUGGAGAAAACAACGGACGCGCUCCUCAAAGCGGCUAAAGUCGGUGACUUGAAAAUGAUGAAAGAGCUGCACGGGGCUGGGUACUCAUUGCUGUCAAUCGACGCAAGCGGGCAGACGGCGUUGCACAUUGCGGCGCGCUACGGGAAUAAGGAGAUCGUAAAGUACCUGAUAGCGUGCGCGCCCAGCGCCAUCCUUGACAUGCGGGACACCGAGCGCGGGCAGACGGCGCUGCACAAGGCGGCUGCGCACCGCCGCCGCGCCAUCUGCUGCAUGCUGGUGGCGGGCGGCGCCGCACUCGCGCGGCCCGACCGCGCCGGCCUCACGCCGCGGCUGCUCGCCCUGCGCGCCGAGGACCACGACCUGGCGGCCUACUUGGAGAGUCAGGAACACUUUCAAAUCGUAUCUGAAGAUCUAGAAACGCCUGUGUGAAAUUAUUAUUAAAAUUCAUUCAAGUUAUUAAAAAAGGAGAGUUACAAAGACCGUUGACUAAAAGAAUCGAAUCGACGAUAAAUAUUAUGUACUCAAAUACCAAAGUGAUAUUGAGAAUUUAAGUCGCUGUUACACUUAAGGUAUUUCCAUGAAAGUGAUAUAGUUCUACGCGAUAACAAACAUAUGUUAUCUUCUAAAACUUCAUUGUAAGGAUUUCGCAAAACUCAACAAAAUAUCUUCAAUUAGCAUAUUUAAAAAAAAAUUAACGCAAAUAAGAUAUAGAUAAAUGCUGAUUUCCUAAAUUGUUGCACUUAACAUUUUAUACAAUGUGAAUUAUCUAAGAAUAUUUUCCUAAAUGAACAAUACUACUUUUAUUUUUGUAUUCAUAUAUUGAUUUCCAAAUAAUAACUUGACAUAGUAUUUAGAUUUUUUUUAGAUUUAUUUGAAAAUCUCUGACAUUUCAUAAUCAAUAAAUAUAUCAAUAAAUAAGUAACGAAAUAGUACUAUCCAAAACUAAAAAAACAUAUUUUAAACUUUAAUACUGAAUCUAUUUUACAAUUGCUUUAGUGUAAAAGCAUUUUAGAAUUAUAUUUUAAGAUUCGAUGUGAUGCCUGGAGUAAAAAAGAAAACUAUUAUAUUUAGGUAUAUCUAAGAAUAUUAUAGAUAAACUUAUAUUAAUAUUAUUUAAAGCAUUAUUAAAUUAAAAAAACAGUACUUUUUUUGGUAUUUAGCAACUAUUGAAAAUUGUACUUCGAAAAAUAUAUAGCAGUGUGUGGCUGUGUGGUUGUGUAGAUAUAUCUUAUGUAAAUAAAAAUUACACUACCAUUUUUUAACACGUAGUUCUGUCUAAGGGCGCAUUCAAAUUAAUAAUACGUUCGCGUUGAGCUGCUGCCGCACGAGGACCAGACGUUUAUCGUACUGCACACGGGCAGUUAUAUUUUUCAUAAAAAAAUAACCAUGCGUUGGCAGGACGGCAACAUCACGAAUGUCACGUCACUAGUAAGAUGAGCAUCGUGUUAUUUUUGUGGAAAAAGUUAUUUUUGUUAUAUCGUUUAGGUAUAUAAAAUAAUCGCUUAAAUUGAAAAUAUAGACAGAAGUUAAUGUUGGCGUAAUUUUUUUUGCCAAAGGGCAGGUCUAGCGGUAAUCCGUGGCUCGACUGAAGCCAAGUGUUGAGUGAAAUAACUAAAAUACAGUCGGACUGCAACCAUAUAGCCCGCCCUGUUACCGUCCGGCUGCAGUACGACGCUCGCGCAUAAAUCAAGCGCAUCAAACGUGCGGCAGCAGUCCGAUUAAAAUCGUCUAAUUUGAAAGCGCCCUAAAUUAGUAGUUACGUAAUUGUGUAAUUUACACGUAAUUACGAACUAAGUGAGCCUUAUAACUUAAUACUAUUUUACGAAUCGUUGAGUUGUAACUGUUGUAAAAUAAUUGUGAUCGUCUCGUAGGUACAACGAUGCCGAGAAGCGUCGUGUCUUCUAUUUAAUCAUUUGUGACAUAACAUAUAAUCAUAGAUACCAUACAAUCAUAACAUAUAUACGAUCUCAAGAUAUGUUUACUUUGAUUUAUAUUAUCGUAGAGAAGAAAAUUUGUGUUUCAUUCACUCAAUAAUUUAUGGUAGCUAGGGUAGUUGUUUCCUGUACUUAUUUUAAAAAUCGAAUAUUGUAUGAGUUGUCAUAAUGUAGAUACUCCGUGCUGCUACACAUCACUACAUAUAGUAUGUAGGACUAUUAAUUCCACUUUGACCCCAUCCUCACUAGGCCUCGACUGAAUCGAUAUUGAAGCAAUAAACUCUGGUCCUGGUCCAGUUCUUCUUAUCGAAGGUCAGUAUCGCGUUUAUUCCUCACAUGAUUUUUACGGUCACUUGUACGAGUAGUGUCAUUACUGUUUUUAUUAUUGUGACUGUAUCGAAUACCUCUACGUAUGUACUAGAUGUACCUAAUAGUUUUAGUGUUUAACGAAUUUACUCGUACUCGCUUAUAAGCGAACAAUGAAAGACAAAGCUGUGAGAAUUUUGAUCUAAUGUAAAAAGUAAGUUCAUUUAUUAUCGUAAGUGCGAUUGUACACCGUGAUGCCGUUUGUGAGUAUACUUUGUUGUUGUAGAUAGAGUUAUUGAGGUUCAUACUAUCCAGUACAUACGAGUUACACGUGUCUGGUUAUCGGGUUUCCUAUGUGUGAAUUAUCUUCCCACGAAGUAGACUUACUAUUGGUAUAUACGUAUAUGAGAGUUAAAUUUGCUUUUCGACUUAAAUAUUUAUCGAUCCCUCUUUCUUUUUAAAAUAAAGCAUUUAACUCUUAUGAAUUUAUAGAUUUGGAAGAUAUGAUACAUAUUUUAAUAGGAAAAGUUUCGAAACGAAUAUAAGUAUACCAUUUUAACCGAAGAGCAGUUUUGAGCUAUCUCUCCUUUGAUUAAUGCAUGCUAAUAUAAAAUGCAGUAUUUUCCUAUUUCUACACAUCUUUUUUAAUGCAACGUUUUUAUAAAUGUAUUAAUUCUAAUUUGAAAUAACCUUGUUAGGUAUUUAGUAUAUUACACUUAAACACAUGCUGACACUAUAUGAGUAAUAUUGGAUAAUAUAUUUAUAUUAGUGAUACUUUCUUAUUAGAUAUAACUCAUCUGUGUAAAUAUUGUAUUGGAGGCCUUCGUCGUGUUAAGGUUGUUAGUAUACUCUCUCGACCAAAUUCUAACUUAUGUGAAAUUUAAAUUGAACGUUAUAUCACUAGGUUAUAGUAUAUUGUCGAAUACUUCAUAGAUUUAGUAAUCCUAAGAACACGCAGAUGCUAUAUUCUUAAGAUAUAUCGUUGCUUUAAAAAAAUAUGUGUUUUAAUAUCAGUUUGAGGAUAUGAUAGGGAAACGGAGAAAUAGGAUCUUUUAUACAAAAUUACUUUGAUCGAUUGCACAAUUUAAUUUUUUUUUUUUCAAUAUCUACAGAACAUGGACUAUGCUGCUAUUUUUUCAUUUGUCUUGUUAUGAAAAUAAAAAUUUGAAUAUUAAAAAAAAUUAAAACCAUUGUCAAUUAUCAAAAGUACGAAAAUAAAUAAAAAUAUAAGAAGCCUUUAGCUGGGCAUACAUUUAAAAAUUUCGUAGUUAAUAUUAUCUAUGCAAAAUUACUUAUCAUCAAUGUCUUAAUGUUUCGAAACCAGAAAAAAUUAAAUUGUGCUUUCAUAUAAAACUAUUUUUAAUUUAUCUUUAUUAACGUUUACUCUCUAAAAAUGUUUACCACAUGAACGUACAGCAUUCCAGUCUGUAAUUUUUUUUUCAUUUUAAACACUUUAAAUUUCCUUUUUACGUCUACAUUUCAUUAUUACAUAAUCAUAAAUUUUUAAUUUAAAAAAGUUAUGUCCAUUCAAAGUACAAGUAAAAACAAGCGGCAAUUAAAAAAAAGUAUAUUAAUGAGAAUUUCAUUUUUAGUUUGUGAUUUGUUUAAGGUUGAAAACCUUACAGCUUAUUUAUUAUAGUUCGUGUUAUUUAAAAAUAAUGUUAUUUAAUUUAAUAUUGUCAAUUGUUAAUCAAAUGUUAUUUACAAACACAUUAAAUGCCGUUUU